UCUACGAGUGGCUUGAAAAGAAACGCUAGUUCGGUAUGCGUUUCCUGCGCAAAAUAAUUCGACAAGUGCGUAUUUGCUUAAAGAAAAAUUUUAAAGCCAAACGAACGCCAGUGAUGACAAAGUUGUCGUAAAAGGAAAGCGAUUGCGUCUGCUGGAAGGUGAAAUUUGCAAUAUCCUUGAUUAGGUGCUUUCAAAGUUCAUUUCGUCUUUGCGAUAAUUGGUUUGGUCACUUCAGGGAAGCCUGUGGUUUACAACGUCGUAAAUUGAUCGGAGAGUCGCUUUUUCAAAUUGAUCGACUAAGUUGAUCUGCGAAUGAAUGAGGAUUGGAGGCAUUUAGCAGGGGAUGAUCGUGCUCCAACUGCUGCUUGCGCUCCUGCUGUAUUCCGCAGAGGGCGAGACGCAGGACUUAGGUCCCGUAAGUGUUCCCGGCGACAUCAUCCUGGGCGGGCUGUUUCCCGUGCACAAGAAAGGGGACAGGACGGCGUGCGGCCAACAGAUCUACCAUCGGGGCGUUCAAAGACUCGAAGCGAUGAUGUUCGCAAUCGACCGCAUCAACAGCAAUCCUCGCAUUCUCCCUAACAUCACUCUCGGUGUCCACAUCUUAGAUACUUGCUCGAGGGAUACUUACGCGCUCAAUCAGAGCCUUCAGUUCGUCAGGGCUUCAGUCAACAACAUUGACACUUCCUCUUUAGAAUGCGUCGAUCACUCCAUUCCCAGACCGAGAAAUAACUACUCGGGACCAGUCUUCGGAGUGGUGGGCGGCUCCUAUAGCUCCGUUUCUCUACAAGUAGCUAACUUAUUAGGUCUCUUUCACAUUCCUCAAAUAUCACCAGCAUCGACAGCAAAAGCGUUAAGUGACAAGACUAGAUUCGAAUAUUUCGCUAGAACAGUUCCUCCGGACACUUUUCAAUCUAGUGCGUUAGUGGACAUUGUUAAAAGUGUAAACUGGAGCUACGUUUCUACCAUAUACUCGGAGGGGUCGUACGGAGAGUAUGGAAUUGAGGUAUUUCACCGAGAAGCACAAGAACGAAAUGUUUGUAUAGCGACAGCCGAGAAAGUUCCAAGCACAGCUGAUGACCACACCUUUGACGCCAUCAUCAUGAAACUAAAGAAAAAAGUCAACGCGAAAGGGGUUGUGUUGUUUACUAGAGCGGAAGAUGCGAGGAGGAUUCUGCAGGCUGCGAAGCGUCUGAAUGCCAGUCAUACAUUCUACUGGGUUGCAAGCGAUGGAUGGGGUAAACAACAGAAGUUGGUAGAAGGUUUAGAAGACGUAGCGGAAGGAGCGAUUACAGUUGAGUUACAAUCUGACAACAUUCCUGGCUUUGAUGAAUACAUGAUGUCACUUACUCCCGAAACUAACCUUCGUAAUCCCUGGUUUGAGCAAUAUUGGGAAGACACUUUUGAUUGCAUACUUGAAAAAAAUGUCCCGCUAGUCACACACACCAACUUCAAUGUUUGCAAGCCCGAACUUCGACUCUCGCAGAAAGUUGGGUACGAACAAGAAAGCAAAGUUCAGUUCGUGGUAGAUGCUGUGUACGCUUUCGCUCUGGCACUUCAUAAUCUUUAUCGCGACGUGUGUAAAGACUACAGGAAAUCCGGAGUCUGCCCAGCAAUGACCCAAUACGAUGGUGGCGACUUCUACAAAAAAUAUCUACUUAACGUCUCUUUUACCGACCUAGCUGGAAGUCCAGUGAAGUUCGAUCAUCGAGGUGAUGGGCUCGCUCGUUACGAUAUCCUUAACUAUCAAAGGCUAGUCAAUUCGACCGGAUAUCAUUACAGGGUAGUUGGAAAGUGGUUUAACUCUCUGGAAUUAAAUUUGGAGCACCUAGUUUGGAACAACAAGCAAACAGUUCCGCCAGCGUCGGCCUGUUCGCUCCCGUGUGAGCCCGGGAUGAUAAAAAAGCAGCAGGGAGACACUUGCUGCUGGAUCUGCGACAAAUGCGAAGAAUACGAAUACGUAUUCAACGAGUUCACGUGCAAGGACUGCGGUCCUGGAUACUGGCCCUACAAGGACAAAUUGUCUUGCUAUGCUUUGGAAUUGCAAUACAUGCGUUGGGAUUCCCCGUAUGCGCUCGUCCCGGCUGCCUUUUCGUGUUUGGGGAUUUUAGUAACUCUAACAAUAAUGGCUCUUUUCAUAAAACAUAACGACACCCCUCUAGUGCGCGCAUCCGGCAGAGAGUUGAGCUACAUGUUACUAUUUGGCAUACUAUUGUGCUAUUUGAACACUUUUGCCUUACUCGCCAGGCCAACAACGGAGACCUGCAUCACGCAGCGGUUCGGGGUCGGAGUCGGAUUUUCCAUAAUAUACGGAGCCCUGCUUACAAAAACUAACAGAAUCUCCAGAAUAUUUGAUUCUGCCUCCAAAUCUGCUCAAAGGCCUAGCUAUAUUAGCCCCAAAUCGCAAGUAAUCAUAACUUGUACACUUAUAGCGGUGCAGAUUCUACUCACUCUCGUGUGGAUGAUCGUCGAACCCCCCGGCACAAGAUUCCAUUACCCGCACAGAAAUCAGGUCAUUCUCAAAUGCAAGAUUCAGGACAUGUCGUUUUUAUUCUCCCAACUCUACAAUAUGGUCCUGAUCACGAUCUGCACGGUCUACGCAGUAAAAACUAGAAAAAUCCCUGAGAAUUUCAAUGAAUCGAAGUUUAUUGGAUUUACUAUGUAUACAACGUGUAUCAUAUGGCUGGCUUUCAUCCCCAUCUAUUUUGGAACUGGAAACUCCUACGAGACCCAGAUUACGACACUCUGUGUAGCCACUUCAAUGAAUGCAACCGUAGCUCUCGUCUGCCUGUACUCGCCCAAAGUCUACAUCAUAGUUCUUCAUCCCGACAAAAAUGUGCGAAAACUGACAAUGAACAGCGCGGCUUACAAAAAGUAUAACUCAGGACCAGCCUCUACUUACACGGCUUCUUCAACUCAUAAAGGCGCAGAUCCCAGUGAAACCAUUCCGAUGCAAAGUGUGGGACCUAAUACGCCAUCGAGGAGUUCUUGUACUGCAGCUACCGCAGAACCGGCAUCUGACAGCGUAGCUUUGCUAUAAUAAAAUAAUUAUUCUUCCUAUUUCGGUAAGAAAUAUAGAUUAAGUAAAGAUGAUAUAAACAGUACAACCUAAAAAUAUACCUGAUUCCACUCUUUUGUUACAUGGUGAAAUUUUUGGACUUGAUUUUUAUUCCGAAUAAAAAAGUCAAUAAAAAUUUAGCUGUAAUUGAUAUAAACAUAAAAAAGAACGUUGUCCUCUUGCCAAAAUUAUAUUACUAUAUAAUAACCAAAAUUAUAAAAAAAUAUAUAAAUUAAUGAGAAGAAAUCAUACUACGAAUACCGCAUAUUUGUUAACUUUCCAGUAGUCACAAGAUUAACUUUUAUGGUGGAGCUUAAGUUCGUUUUAGAGGUAAUUAUAUUGCUGGUAAUUGUAAAAUUACAGUCGCUUGUCAUUAAUGCGCCAAAUCUGAAUGCAGAGGGCGUUCCAGUCUUUACUAAAUAUUAAUAUUUGCUGUAUAUUUCUUCUUCAAUAUUAAUAUGAGAGCUGUAGAUGUAAUCCAAAAUGGUGGAUCCGUUGAGCUUAUUUAACAUAACAGGUGUGUGUAUAGAACUGGAAUACAGAAUUAAAGUAGUCUCUAACAGAUUUGUAGUAACGCGCCCUUUUUAGGUCUCUCUUUAUCACUCUUUUACUAAAAUAUCCGAUACGGCAAACUUCAUGUAUGUUAGGUGUUUACACUUGUGCGACUUUUCCAAAUUAAUUUUACAACAUGUGUUUUACCAAAAAGCACAUACGCGAUUCUAAAAACCGCCACAAACUCACUUAUUUUGAGUUGUGUGCCAUUUUUUCAAACAUCCUGUAUAAAAAAAUUUAUACCCAGGCUAUUUAUUUAGCGCGCGUAUCUGCAAUAGUUUUCAAGUAGCUUCGAAUUAAAUUUGUGUAAACAGUUUCGAACUUUUGAACAUUGCCCCGUAAAACCGACAGCCAAUAGGGGCGGGCGUGCGCGCGCAGCCGUCGAUGUAAACGAAUGGGAGUUAUGUUUCAGAAAAAUUAUUUGAACCCGUUUGGCCGAAGUUUUGCUUUGUAGAAAAAUUCUGUUCCGGUUACUCUAACUGUUAAAUAUAAUGUAUUUAAGAUAACUUUACCUAAUUUAUUAAUUAGGUGCUGUUGAUGACUGUGCUUUCUUAACGUAGAAAAGAAACUGUUAGGACCAACCACAAUGUUUUUCGGUAUUGAAACACACAUUUUGUUUGAAAUGACAAUCCGAAAGUACUCUUCUCUGACAUAUUCUCUUUUUUUGCAACCGACUAAACAAUAAUUUUGGAAUUUAUUAAACGACUGAUCCAAGAGAAUAUGUUCGAAUUGUGAUAUUGUGUUUUCUCUCUAUUAUUCCUAUUGUAACGAAAUUAACUGAAAUUUUCAGUGUACGUAAAUGUAGAGAAAGUAAUACGAAUUUUAUUACAAACCUACAACUUUCGGUUAGGUUUGUAGUAUAAUUCAUUCAUUAAUGUAAAAUCAUAAAAUACAUAUCAAACUUAUAUCUUCUUGUUAAGUGUGUACAUGGUUUCUAUUUUUUGUUAGAGUUUUAACUAUUAUUGUUGGUAAUAAUUACAUAUUCAUUAAAUGUGAAGAUAUGUGUAAAUUUGUAACAUAAAACACACGAAGUCACAAUGCGCACAGUUGUGAAAUGGCCAUGGAGUGUAAAUUUUGACAAAGUAAAAAUUUUACUACCGCAUUGCGACGUCGAUGUGAUUUUUAUUUGUCACAGUAUAGUUACAGGUUUUUUUUUCGUAGAAUGUUUCAUUGUGAUAUCACAUUAAGUACAACUUAAAUUUAUGGUAGUUUUUCUAUUUUUGUUUUUGCUCUAUUACUAUGGAGUAAAAGUAUUGUUAUCUA